ACUCAUACCUAGACUAGAUACCAUCGCAAGGCAGACAGGCACCAACACUGGCAUUGGUCUUCAGCGCAGUGCGUGGGUCUCGAGUCUCUCUUUUGACCUCACCUCAUUUCACCAACUCCUGUCUUCCUUCGCUUUCAGCGUCUGUUGCCUGUUCCAUCUACCAUAAGGGACAUAAAUAGCUCUGAUAUUGCCAGAUACUCAAGAGAUAUUUUGUGGUUUUCAAUUCUACAUCCCUUUCGUUCCGCACUGCGUGUCCGCCCUGUCGCGAAGUUGAAUCGCGGUGUUGAACUUGUCGCGCUUUUCGUCUAGGAUGGGCUCUUAUCGCUUGGAGGAAGCCUCCACUGGCCGCGCAGGUUGCCAGAACAAAGAAUGCAAAGAUGCCAAAACCAAGAUCGCAAAGGGCGAGCUCCGUUUCGGUACUUGGGUCGAUACUGAGCGUAUUCAGGCUUUUAUGUGGAGACACUGGGGCUGCGUCACCCCAAAACUCAUCGGAAACCUGAAUGAGGCUAUUGAUGAGGAAGGUGGUGACGGUGAAGAGAAGGAUUACACUAUCAUCGAUGGUUAUGAGGAUCUCUCUGAUGAACUGCAGGAGAAGAUCCGUGGUGCGUUAAAGCAGGGCCAUGUUGAUGAUGAGGAUUGGAAGGGUGACGUCGAAAUGAACCGCCCCGGCAAGACAGGUUUCCGUGUUCGCAAGAAGACCGGUGCUGCUGCGAAAGACGAUGAAGAAAAAGAACCUCAGCCUCCCAAAACCAAAAAACGCGGCAAAGCCCAAGACAACGAAGAUGAAGAAGAGCCCGAGAAACCAACCAAGAAGACCAAAAAGGAGUCCGCCCGCGGCACUAAGAAAGCCGCAAAGGAAGAGCCCGAAUCUGAAAAUGCUGAAGAGGAACUCAAGGAAGAGGAAGGGAAAGAGAAACCUGCCAGGAAGACUCGCGGCCGUGCUGCCAAGACUGCCAGUGCCGAUAGAAAGAAGCAGGCUGAUGCUGCUGGUGAAGAUGAGGAGGAAAUGGAUGAUGCUAAGGAGCCUGCUGAGGAGAAGCCGAAGCGGGGUGGACGGAAGAAGAAGGCUACCUAAUCUUCUUCUAUCGUGGUAGUUUGUUUGUUAAUUACAUGCUGCAUGGGGAAGGCGAAUAUGGGAGUAUCUACCAAUAUGAAGCUAUGUUGAAUUGCUUGCCAGGUAUCGUGUUUGUGGGCGUGUCUUUUUCUGUACUCUAAAUCAUCUCGCUGGUACUUAAUUAGAAUAGAAGAUUGCUUACAAAAGACAAUAUCGUAUAUUUCACUAUCAGUUUGUUGGUAUUAUCCU